GUAAACACCAAUAACCAAAUUUAUGUACAACGGUGCUCAAUAACAAAGCACCUGCAUCCAGUGGAUAUACUCCCCUCGUUGAUAUUGGGACCACGGAAAUCUACGCUGCUCUAAGCGUCGAAGCAGUCCAUACACUUUCAAAUUGAGUUCUCGAAGUUCGUUAUGACACAUUCAAUCAUUGCAACCUGCAAACAGACUCGGUUUCAUAUUGAUGACAAACCAUCCCGAGAGGUUGAUAUAGAGGGCCUUACAGUCGCAGUAUCUUCAGUGCCGGAGUCUGUGGAAGAUCCCUCAAGAACAAAAGCAAAGGGGAAAUCGAAGUCUAAGGCCGAAGCAAGAGAGCUCAUUUCUGAUGCGCACUUGCGACUCAAAGCCGGCGUGCAUUAUGGGCUGAUAGGUCGCAAUGGCACUGGAAAAUCGACGUUGUUGCGGGCCGUGGCCGAUAAACUGGUACCGGGCAUACCGCAUUCAACCCGAAUAGCCAUUCUGCAGCAGACAGAUACUGCUAGUGAAGACGGUUAUGCGCCCUUCUAUGAUAGAACUGAAGAUCAAGGAGCAAGUGAGGGAAAGUUCGUUCUGGACUAUGUCAUGAGCAGUGACCAGUUCAGGAACGAAGUCACUCGGAAGAUGAACUUUUUGUCAAAAUGUUUCGAGACGGAAGACCCGCUAGAGCCUGUGAGGGGGAUUCGAAGGAUUCGCCACGAAGAUACCGAGAAGCAGCUGUUCCUGGCCCGGAAAAAUGCCAGUCUAAGAAGUGGUGCAAGGGGACUGCAAGCGCGAAAAGAGCUGAAAGCCGUCGAAGCAAGAUUCGAGCUUUCGAGAGAGCUUCUCGAGCAGGCGAAAGAGGAUAUUGAUGCCGAAAUCAUAAAGCAAGAGACCCAAGCAGCGAUAGAAACAUUGCAAGAUCUGCAAUCCCAAUUUGAAGCAAUGAAGCUUGUCGACAUAGAGCAGCAGGCUAGCCAAAUUCUAACUGGAUUAGGAUUCAAAGAGGAUGCCUUGAGCAAACCAUUCUCGACAUUGUCGGGUGGCUGGCGUAUGCGGUGCAUGCUGGCGAGCGUCCUGAUUCAGAACCCUGACAUCAUGAUCCUGGAUGAGCCAACCAAUUUUCUAGACCUAUUAGGAGUGAUCUGGCUGGAAGAAUAUCUGAAGCAGCUCAGAGAUUCAACACAGACGACCGUCGUCGUUGUCUCCCACGAUAGGGACUUUGUAAAUGCUGUCUGCGAAGAAAUUGUCAUCCUUCGAGACCAAAAGCUCACUUAUUUUAAAGGGAACCUGUCCGCAUAUGAACAGGAUUUUGAAGAACAGAAACUAUACUGGGGCCGCAUGAAAGAAGCACAGGAGCGCCAGAUAGCCCAUAUGGAAGCAACCGUCCGUGAGGGCAUUAAAGUUGGGAAGAAAACCAACGACGAAAACAAGCUCCGCAUGGCCAAGUCGCGACAGAAGAAGCUCGACAAUAGAAUGGGUGUCCAGGUUAACGCACGCGGAGGGAGGUUCAAGCUGAACCGAGAUCUAGCUGGCUGGCACUCAAGUGCUCGGGCGGAGAUUGAAGUGCCGCAGGAUGAAAAGGGAGCUCUGAUUGCCUUGCCUGACCCUCCCGAGCUGCGAUUUCCCGGCCCGCUUAUAUCACUAGAGGGGAUCACCUUCAAGUAUAAAACUGAUGCAUCCCCAGUGUUGAAGGGAGUUGAUCUUGUGAUGCACUUGGGAGAUCGCGUGGGUCUCAUGGGCCUUAACGGGUGUGGAAAAUCAACUCUGAUCCGUCUGGUGGCCGGCAUCUCCGUGCCGACUCAGGGAAAAGUCUCCUCGCACUCGCGGCUAAGAAUGGGGUACUACGCCCAGCAUUCUAUUGAGGAGCUGAAAACCAGGGGGCUGGGAGACCCUAGCCUGACGGCGUUAGGGCUGAUGACAAAGGACGUGGAUGGCUCACUCAAUGAAGGCCAGUUGCGAGGGUUGUUAUCGUCUCUAGGUCUCCAGGGGAAGAUAGUCUCCGACGUUCCGAUUCUUCGACUCUCUGGAGGACAGCUUGUUCGUCUGGCCUUGGCGAGAAUCAUCUGGAACGCACCGCAUCUACUCGUCCUCGACGAGAUUACCACCCAUCUCGACUACCAUACAGUCACGGCCCUCGCAACCGUAUUGUCCACUUUCAAAGGUGCAAUACUGCUCGUUUCCCACGAUCGAUUCAUGGUUCGAGCUGUGAUUGAAGGAAAACGCGACCUAGACCACAAACUAGACGAUGACUUUGAAGGCGUCGAAGAGGAGUCAGAUAUGGAGCUACCACGGCGGCGAGUCGUCUACGUGAUGAAAGCUGGUACUAUGACGGUUCAGGAUGAUGGCGUGGAGCAAUUCGAGAAGAGUCUGGUAAAGAGAGUGCAGAAGAUGUUGCAUUCAGCUCGAGUUUAAACCUUCCAAGAUUCAGUGCGUCCUGAUCAAAUCGAGGUCCAGGAAUGCACAAAGCCU